GAAAAUAUGAACAAAAGUAAGUCCAUUAGGAUAAUCUUACACACUAAACUUACACAAAAUCUCAAUUAUUCAUCUCUCACCUUCAGUGGUUGAUACACACACAAAGGAAUUGAUGUUCGUGGUUGCUGAUUCAAUUUUUGAUGUUAAUGCUGAGGUUAAUGGUGGGAUGGCAAUGCCUUUUUUCUGGUUUUGGUAGCUGUUAUGAUGAUAUGAUUGCCUUACAUGAGAAUGCCCAGUUCGUAGGAUCCCUCCUGGUUAUAGGGGCUCAAAUGAUAUAUCUAGUUAAGAAUGACCCAUGUCUAUUUAUGUUUCUAGCUCAUUUACUAAUUGAACAAAAGAGAAGAAUUAGACUGCACUGGUCUUGUGGGUGACCAAUUUCCGAGUGGGACAAGAUUUGCUUUAUCUCUGAUGUGGUAGACUUAAUUCCUUGCUGGGAGGUUACUGGUUGGUUGGUACAGGGUGAUGGACAUUAAAAACACUUUGGAUUUUGGCCCUUUUCUUAUUCUUUUUGAGGAUUGUGUUAUAGGAAUUGUGGUCUCAAACUUGGCUCAUUGCUGAUUCUUUAUUAAGUUGUUUUGUUCCUUUAUGUCAUCUUAUGGGAGUAUAUGGUGGAUUGAGGUGGAUGCCUGCUAUGGCUGGAUAGGGUAGUUGGUGCUCUUACAUGGCCUGUGGUUCGGGAUGUGAUUAAGAAUGAUUCUGAAGCUACAGAAUCCAAUACUCUAGAGUUGGUGUGAAGAAAAACUAUUGCACUAGUUUGGCGAUGGUGUUCCUAGAUGUUGUUAUGGCACCUGCUGGUAAUCUGCUUAGAUCUGAAAGCUUGGUAUGGUUUUGUGCCUCUAUAGCAACAGGGAUUGGAGCACAGUAGUGCAACAAUACCUUUUUAUAUCACCAAGCCUUUUCCAUUUUACUGGUAUUCUUCCAGAGAAGAAUGAUUCAGAGUUUACACCACAACACAACUUGGAAAAAAGGAUGAGCUGCUGGCCUUUGGCUGGGGAACCACCACCCCGUUGCUUUCUCAAUGUGGCUGCAGAUCAUUCUUCCUGAGUUGGCUAUUUAUCAAUAGUUUCUGUGGCUUUGGUUUUCUUGAUUUCUGUUAUGUUUAGGUUGCUGGAGUCUUGUUGGUUGUACUUUAAUUAAUUUAUGAAUUAAUAUAGUAGUGUGCUUUUGUUGGCCAAAAAAUUAAAAAAAAAAAAAAAAAGAUUGGCCUUUAUAGAAUUUUGGCACAUGUAUUGUUUGACUCCAGGGCAAUUGUUAA